AUGGUUCUGCCAGGCCACCCGGAUACUGUUAAAGCCGGUGCUGUCGCAUCACUAACCCUGCCGAGGGAGUGGACAAAACUCAUGGGGCGACUUUGUAAUCAACACGUGUUCUCAUGGGCAUGGUGUCAGAAAUUGACGAAGUUGCCAGCAUCGAUUGUCACAUUAGGUUUCGAGGCAAAAGUGGACGACCCCAAAGUUGGGUCUCGUGAAGCCCAACUUACCAUGUUCUCGGGCCAGCUGCACCGGCGGGCUCUCAGUUUCACGGACGGACCGGUAUUUGGCGCUACCCUUAACGACAAUAAACUUCAGUUUUAUGUCUCGAUUUGGGAGAACGAUACAGUAGUUGUACGACCGGUGAACGACAUAUUCGAGCUCAAAGACUUUGACAGCUUCAUCGAGUGCUACUUCUUUCUUUGCGGACUCUCAGAAUUCCAGUCCUUGUGGCUCAAAAAAGAGAUGAAGCGUUGGAACGAAGAUCGAGAUAAGCAAGAGACAAAGCUACGGGAUUCGGCGGCUAAGCCCUGGCGAAAAAGUGAUAGAGAAAACAACAAAGGCGGCCGGACGAACAAUAGCAACCAAGAUCGUGGAGACGAAACUGAUUUGGGCGAGGUAGAGCCAGAUGAAGAAGAUCAAGACGAUGUAGAGGUUGACGUCGGAACUUCGAGGAAGCACGAGAUAGAGCUUUUGGAAGAUAGAAUCAAUAGAGGGGAUUCGCCUCCCAAAGACGGUUACCCAUUGACCGAAGUAUACCGCUAUAUUUUCGACCACAAUCCAAACUUUCAGUCACGUCGCCACGUACCAUCUGUAUCAGAAUGGGCGAGAGAGUCGAGCCAGUUUGUUGGACAUUACGAGGAUGCGGAUUCGGACUUGAUAGAAUAUACCAUGGGUGAGGACGUGGCAGCAUCUGUAGAUGCGGUUUCGUCUGCUGACACGAGCGACGAAAUGGAAUGUGAUGAGUCCCAUCCUAACGAGAAUGUUGCCGCCGUCGAUAGUAACGAAGAGUUGGGCAAUGGAUUAGCGGACAGCAUGGUUUCCCCACUUGGUCAUCCGGACGAGUUCAGUGCGAAGACAGGUCAACCCCGCAUUGGACUUGAAAAGUCCACAUACAAUACAUUUACAAUGAGUGGAAAUAGUUAGGCCCUGCUCGGUUGCACUGGUCGCACAACCGCAGGUUGGUGGUUGAUGGCCAGCAAUUUCCGGUACAACCGUCAACCACCAGUGCCAACCUUGUCACUUUGGUCACAAGUAGUAUAGUGUAUAGACUCAUUACUUUCCCUUCAUCUUUC